UCUCUCUCUCCUCAUCCUUUUGCCUUAUACUCUCUCUUAGUUUCUUGCACCUCUUCAUCUUCCUUCCUUCUUUGCGCUUCCUCCUUGUUCUUGAACAAAAAGCUCCCUCUCUCUCUCUCUCUCUCUCUCUCUCUCUCAUGGCGGAGACACCAUUAAAACGCCAAAGAGAAGAAACCCAAAUAGAAGAAUGCGAAGAGUUUAAACGCCACAAGUCGUAUAGCCACAUACUCUCUCUCCUGGAGGCAGAGGAAGAAGAACCCACUCAGGAUCUGUCCUCUCUCAUCACAACCCUCCAGCAAGAACUCUCAUCCGAGUCCAUCUUCAGCCCUCUUUCAUUCCCUGCCACAGAACCCGACCUUGAGAACCCCACGACCGCCACCGCCACCGUUGAAGACCAGACCUCCUCUUCUUCUUCUUCCUCGUCGUCAGCAGCUGUUUUGAAAGAAGAUGAGGGGGAUGACAAGGAGAGGGUUAUUCGGCACCUUCUUGAAGCUUCUGAUGACGAGCUUGGGAUUCCGAACAGAGAGGUUGGUGUUGCUUAUGAUGGAGAUGAAGGGUUUGACGGCGUAGAUGGGUUCUCAUUGUGUGAUGGUCUGUGGGAAUUGGAAGACGAGGCUGCCAACUACUAUGCCUUGAUGCAGUCUGAACUGUUCAUGUAGCUGUUAGGUGAUAAGUUGUCAUAGGGGUUAAACAGGAGACAAAAGAAAUGCUAGGGAUUUAAAUGAAAAAAGUAAAAGAUGGGAGGGAGGGUAUAGAAAAUGGAGAUCUUUUUGUUAUUUUUCAUUUUAGUCCCCUCUUUUGAAAAAAAUGAAGUGUCGCCUAUGCCUUUCUCGAAGAUCAAAUUGUAGAAGAAAAAGCGAUUCAUAUUCUACUCGGUUAUUUUCUCGUCUCAA